UCUGUUCUAGCACCAAACUUGACCACAUUUUUUUUUUCUCACUCUCUCUUUCCUCUCUCCCUCUCCUCUCUCUACCCACACCACCGCCCCACCAGCCCAGACCUCAACCCACCGCCUCCGACCACCACCAGUCCACCGUCGGCGACGCAGGGGUGGGUUGUUUAGGGGGUUUGGGAGAUUGGUUGUUAUGGGGAGUGCAGUUGUUGCUGUUUUUGCUGCUGCUUUUGGGCCUUUUCUUUAUCAUGGACAGGAGCUCCAGAGGGGUCAGGCGGUACUUCAAGAUGAGAUCUUCAAGAUUACUCACACGAGGAAGGAGAAGAACGCUGAUGGUACAUACCAAUGGGUUGAGCCAAGGGCUGAGCGAACUUGGAAUGAAUUUCAACAACACUUUGGGGAGUUUCGAGCCACUCAGCCACGUACCACGCAGAUGACUGACUAGUUAAUAUAGCAACAAUGGAUUGAGAAGGUUGCUCCACCAACAAGGCAUGGGACAGUUUAUGGAAUGCCUAAUCGAGCCUUUCGUCGAUACUCGUCGGCCCUUGAAGCCGUAGGUGUUACUGAUGAUGGGACAGUUGAUCCUAAGGAGUAUGAAGCCAUGAAGCAGCAAGUUGACCUGCUAACAAGAACACUUAAUUCUGCUAUGUUUAAAUGGAUAUGUAUAUGAAUGUAGUUUUAAUUUGAACUAGAAGUACUUUUAAUUUUAAGAUGUUUAAGUGUUUGAACGUAGUUUAUGAUGUUUAAGUAUUUGAAUGGACAAUGUUUAAGUGUUCAAACAUUGUUUAUGGUUGUUGUGUUGCAUUGUUGAUGAAUUGGAUGACUGUUUUGGUUGAUGAA